GAUAUCAUUUUAUGAUAGGUACAUUUAUUAUAUUAUAGGUAAAUAGCAGGUAAGGAUAACGGAACAUAACUGAUUUGGAUCUAGCAUCUUUUGAUGCUCAUGGCUUGAGUUCUCCUGUUUCCAGUUAGUGAAUUGUUUCCUUUGUACCAGGCAAUGUUUUCCAUCACUACAGAGAGAGACUGCGACAGAGAGAAAUUAUUGACAUGCGUUUAGGUUCCUGAUAAAAUUACGGCUCACUCUAUAAAGGAUUAUUAAAUUAGGUGUAGAGCAGCCGGAGAGGUCUUGUGAUGCACAUGCAGCAAAGCUAUUGUACUCUUCUGAGUCUGAGUUUAGGCGCGGCUGCAGAUUUCAGGAAGUAAAAUCUACAAAUGGAGGUAAAGUAAAACAUAUUCAGGGUAUUGUAUAAGAGGUAGUCUUGCUAAAUAGUGCAGUGUUUUUUGCAGCUGGUAUUGCCUGGACUUCGGUAUGAUUUGACACAAAUCUGCUUUGGUGAAGGAUGCAUUUAUUGCAUGUUAUUUAACUUGUGACUUGAUAAGUUAUGUAUUUGUAAGUAUGUACUGUAUGUGGGGAAAAUCAAUGACAGAUCGUGUGAACACCAAAUUUGGCAAAAAAGAAAGGUUGGUGGUUUUGUUGCUCACUCUGAAGGAUGUGGUGUAACUGCCGCUUUGGGUAACUCAUGUGCCGUAUUAGCCAAACAGCAGCUCAAUUGAUGGUAAAUAGCAUUAUAUCUUCAUACCGCUGUAUUGUAGAACUAUCUUCAGCAUGCACAAUUAUUUAAUUAAGACACAGAAUUCCAAUUUAAAGAAAGAUGAAGGUACAACAGUAACAGACUAGAGGAAGCAGUUGUGAAAGCUUUUACUUCCUCUUUUUUUUAAGCUUUCCUCUGUCGUGUCCCUCAUCUGUGUCGUCAGUUUUGUGGCUGUUACUUUAUUUCCACAUUAAAUCUACAAGCAUACACUUUCGUGCUUUCUACAGUUCACCAUGUCCAGGAAGGUUGUGAGGUCCAGUAAGUUCCGUCACGUCUUUGGCCAGGCUGUGAAAGCUGACCAAUGCUACGAUGACAUCCGAAUCUCCCAGAUGACGUGGGACAGCAACUUCUGCUCCGUUAACCCCAAGUUUGUGGCCAUGAUUGUGGACGCCAGUGGUGGAGGAGCCUUCAUGGUGUUGCCCCUGAGCAAGACAGGACGUGUCGACAUGUCCUACCCCACUGUGUGCGGCCACACGGGACCGGUCCUGGACAUCGAGUUUUGUCCUCACAACGACAACAUCAUUGCCAGCGGCUCUGAGGACUGCAGUGUCAUGAUUUGGGAGAUCCCGGAAGGCGGGCUGACAACGCAACUCACAGAACCUGUGGUCAAGCUGGAAGGCCACUCCAAGCGUGUUGGCAUCCUGAGCUGGCACCCCACCGCCCACAAUGUGCUGCUGAGUGCAGGCUGUGAUAACGUGGUGAUCCUGUGGAACGUGGCUCGUGGGGAGGCAGUGGUAAGAAUCGACAGCGUUCACACCGACCUCAUCUACAGCGCCUGCUGGAACCCGGACGGCUCCCAGAUUCUCACCUCCUGCAAGGACAAGACCAUGCGAGUGCUGGACCCACGCAAGGGCACCGUCCUCAUUGAGAAGGAGAAGCCUCAUGAGGGCUCCAGGCCUAUACGGGCUGUGUUCGUGUCCGACGGGAAGAUCCUCAGUACCGGCUUCAGUCGCAUGAGUGAGAGACAGGUGGCGCUGUGGGACCCAAAUAACUUCGGGGAGCCCCUGACCCUGCAGGAACUGGACACCAGUAGUGGCGUUCUUCUGCCAUUUUUCGACCCAGACACUGGCAUCGUCUACCUCUGUGGCAAGGGGGACAGCAGUAUUCGUUACUUUGAGGUGACCGAUGAAGCCCCUUAUGUCCACUACCUGUCCAUGUACAGCAGCAAGGAGAGCCAGAAGGGGAUGGGAUACAUGCCCAAGAGGGGCCUGGAGGUUAACAAGUGUGAAAUCAGCAGGUUCUACAAACUCCAUGAGAGGAAAUGUGAGCCUGUAGUCAUGACGGUGCCACGCAAGUCUGAUCUGUUCCAGGAGGAUCUGUACCCAGACACCAUCGGUCCCGAGCCUUCAGUCGAAGCUGAUGACUGGUUUCAAGGAAAAGAUGGCCAGCCUAUUCGGAUCUCUCUCAAGGACGGGUUUGUAGCAACCACCAAAGCCAAGGAGUUCAAAGUUCACAAGAGUCUCCUGAAGACCACGACUGCUUCUGCUGGGAAUCAACAGGACAACAGCGGGGAGGUUCAGUCCUUGAGAAAGGAGGUGAAAGACCUCAAGGUGGCGGUAGAGGAGCUGACCAAGCGUGUGAAGGAGCUGGAGAGCAAUCAUUAAACUAGAGAGGUUUGAUAAACAAGAUAAAUAAAUCAAAAGUAGAAGUUAAGAGAGAAAAAAAGGAGCAAAGAAAGACAUUAAGAGAAGAGAGUGCUGUUGUAAAUCUGAUUGUAGUGAGAAAUCUACAGUUGUUUUUUUCUUUGGCUUGAAUUUGUUUGUCUGAUAAAUUUUUAAAAAAAUCCUAUUUUAAUAUAUGCAUUUAGUUUGGAAUAAAAUCUUCUGUAUUUUCAAAA